AUGGUCCAAAAUCGGAGCUUACCCCGACGGCACAGCCUUAUAGCUGUCGUGCUGGUUGCUCGCCUUCGACCUGGCCCAAGACUGAUCUUCCACUAUCCUCCCAGCCCUCAGAGACGUCCAAGGGAAGAUGACUGGCCCGAACAUAGCAAAUACGAUAGCGAACCGGACCCGGAUGCGGUGGACUUGCCUUCCAGUCUCACGCAAUCUGCUCGGGACGUGCAAGGAAUCUCUCCAACCGGAACAACGGAUGCCGACAACGAGGAAAACGCUACGGGAACUCUCUUGGGCUAUUCUGAGGACACGUUACAGAAAUUACUAGCUCCAGGCUGCUGGGCGGACAGGAAGAAGUUUGAAGUCUGCCUCAAUGGGCUUACAUUCGUAGGCCAUCCGGUCUGGGCCGCACAGGAUGGCAGCUGGUCGAGGAAGCAUGCACACGACGAUGCCGGCACGAAGCAGGAAUCCACACCCAAGACGCUAGGCACAUCUGCAGCCAGCGGAUCCGACACCUCCGUCCCGACUAGUCCAGAGCCCAUCUCAAUGUUCAAUGUCGUCUUCGUGCUGGACUCUGCUCGAUCAAAUGACAAUCAGCAAUUAGCAUCCGACCUUUACAAUCACGUCGCCCGGAAGCUGAGCAAGGCCCUCCACUAUUUUCAGAGGCAGAGUCAGUACGUAGGGUUGCAGACCACGACUCUCCUGCAUUUAACAGCAAAGGCGCGACAAGAUGGAGCAAGUCUCGCGAAGCUCAAUGUCCAGGCAGUUGAUCGUAGCGAACUCGCUUGGGUACUCAAGGAGCUUUACGAAAAGAUUUCCAUCGGCGAGAUAGCCGGCAUCAGGCUGAGCGGUAUGGAAAUGUCGCUUCAAAAACCGCAAGUCGCACCUCCUGAACGACAGGACGAGAGUGAGUUGGGGCCCCACUCCGGCCUCCUCCUCCUUCAAAACAAAGCAGCAUUGCUUCUGGAACUCACCCAUGCGGAUGCCUCGCCUCUCGUAAUGUUCAUCCAAGGCCACACGCCCACGAAGAGUAUGCAGAAGCAGUCGGCGAAACUCGGCAUCCCGCUCGACGAAGUUCUCGGCCUGGCUCGUCACCUCAUCAAGUGGCGAAAGGCGCGCGCCAUCAAGCCAUUGCAUCCUCGCAACACUUAUGUCAUCGGUCGUGAAGCCCCAUUCGAGCAACUACAGACUUACUACAUCGACGACUACAGCAAAAGAUUCCCGCUACUACCAUCACUGCCACAAAUCCUAAAGGUCCUCAACGGGAAGCCGAUCAAAUGGGGCGCACUCAUCAUGUCGAGCGAUCAUCGAACGCCGUAUAUGAGUAUUCUGGCGUAUCUGGUUCAGCAUCGCUUUGUAGAACAAUUGAAGACCUACGGCUGGCUGCAAGCUCCG